GCAUUUUACAUUUUCAGCAAUCCAGCAAAAACAGCUUAAUUUUGUGUGCGACCAUGAGCUCCUUCGGCCCGAAGAGAAAGGCGCGCAUUAUCCAGACGUUUGAAGAUGACGGGGAUGAUCUGAAAGCGGCAUCUGGCGCCGGCGACGAGGAGCAAAGCGACCAAUCGGCGCCCCCAGGGCGCAUCAAGUUUGGCCGUAACAAGCCCGCCAAAUCCUCCACGCUGCGCAAGACCAUCAACAUCAACGAUGACGAGAUCCAAGGAGGUUCGGCAUCCGCGCCCGCCUCCGCCGCGGGUGGUGACGACGAUGAGGAAGAUGGAUCUAGUGCGCCUGUCGUUAUUCGUCCUACACUCGGCCGAUCGAGCUCGACAAAAGUGAAGAAGCGCCCGGCCUCAUCUCGACUCUCAUUCGGCCCAGGCGGGGCCUCGGCGGACGCGGCCGACGACGAUACGGGAGGGGCGGUCACCAAACCAUUCACACCAAAGAAGCCUCUUGGCCAGCGGUUACUCCAGAACAACACGCUUCGCAAGUCGGCAUCACUUCAAAACUUGGCGGGCAGCCUCCCCAUGCGCUUUGGCGCCCAGGAGGAGGGUCCGAAAUACAGCAAGGAAUACCUGGAGGAAUUACAGAGUGCGACCCCCAACACGCCACAAAACCUGGCAUCCUUACAAAUCCACGAUGACGGAGAUGAAAUGGAGCUGGACCAGUCCGAGCUGGAGGGCGCGUUGGUCGUGCAGUCCACGGACGUCGCAAAGCCACAGUCAACGCAAGGCGCGACCGCUCAGGUCCUGACCGAAGCCGAAAUCCGUGAGCGCAAGGAACGGCGCGCGCGGUUAGCCAAGGAGGCAGACUUCAUUUCGUUCGACGACGACGGGUCCGACAAUGAAGAGGUCCCAAGCGGGCGGGUGACGGUAGACUUUCCCAAGAAAAAGAAGGAUUCCCGGUUAAUAGCUGAGGACGAGGACCUUGGCGAAGGGUAUGACGAGUUUGUCUCGGAUGGCGGAUUAGCACUCGGCAAGAAGGCCGAGCGAGACGCGGCACGGCGUCACAGGAAGGAGAUGGCGGACAUGAUCCAGGCCGCCGAGGACGGGUCUGAUGCCGAGAGCGACGACAGCGAAGCCGAACGGCGAGCCGCGUACGAGGCUGCACAGCGGCGGGCGGGCAUGGACGGGUUACACCGGCCUGACGAUGAUCACGACAUGGACCACGCCGGCGGACCGGAUGCCGUCCCGCGCAUGAAGCCGCUACCCAAGUUGAACGAGGUACUGCAGCGCAUGCGCGAGAUAGUGCAGGGCCUAGAGAACGAAGUUACACAGAAGCAGACGAGGAUAGGGGACCUCGAAAAGGAAAAGGAGGACAUCCUCGCGCGGGAGAAGGAGGUUCAGGAGAUUUUGAAUCAGGCGGGCGCCAAGUACCAGGCUGUUGUAGCGAGUGCCGGCGGGAAUGUGGGAGACGUCGCCCAGAUGGUGACUCAGUCGCCAUUGAGACCAUUCCCGCCGGGAAUUGCGGGUGACUUGCCCGUGGAACGGGGCCUAGAGAGCUUUGGUGCGACACCCACAAGGCGGGACGAUGUGGAGAUGACCUCAUAGGUCUUGGUGUUGGGGGUGUUGGGUGUUUGUAAUGUUAAGUCGAUACGAGUCCCAGCGCGAAAAAGACUGGCCAUAUCCGAGUA